AUGAAUCGGGAAAAUGAAGAACAGCGACCAGUGUCCCAAACACUGUGCGGAGCGUUGCAAAAGGAGCCAAAUUGCAAGUGUCUGGUGCUGUCCGUGUUAAUAUACGGAUGCCUUGCCGCAGUGACGUGGUGUAGAUGCGCGAAUGUCACCAAGGUCGUAAUCAAUUUCUCGAGGUACCCGAUUAAAAGCACGAGACACGUGUCUCCCUGCGACGAUGGCUACAUUUACAUUCCCGUGGCGUUCAUGGGGAUGCUGUACCUGGUCUACCUAGUGGAGUGUUAUCACUCGCCGAUCAGAAUCGACUUGUUACACGCUGAGAGCCAGGAUAGUGUGCUGUCCAAGAUCUUGCAGUUGAAGUCCGCACAACCGACCAUAUGGUGGAAGGCGGUUUCGUACCACUACGUGAGACGAAAACGUCAAAUUACGCGGUACAGAAACGGGGACAAUUACACGACGACGCAGGUCUACUAUGAGAGGAUAAACACACACGCUGCUACGUCCUUUUACUAUUACGACUACUGCGGCGUGAAGGACAUCAGCAAGGAGCUGAUAAUGGAUCCAAAGGUACCAAUUACGAAGAUUAAUCUAAGCAAAGGGUUCGCCUUCUCGAAUAUGAGAUCAGCGACAGAGUUUGAAGAAGCCAGAUCAAGAUUCUUCGCGGAGCAAGAGCUAAGAGACGAUUAUAUGGAAAUGCGAGAAGGUCUGGAUUUGGGAUACAAUCCAAAUCCUACGACUUUGGUGGCUGUCCUUGGCAACCCUUGGUUCACUAAUCGCUACGUCUACUGGUGCCUCAGUGCUCUGUUGCUCAGCUGGCCUUUGAGAGUGAUCAUAGAGUACAAAACGCAAUAUGCUGACUAUCAGAUCACCAAAUUAUUCGGAAUAAACUACGACACACCAAGUGGAAGCGAACCAAUCCACGCGUCCAUGAGCCAGCAGACCAUCAAUCAACCAGGCUCCUACAUGCUAGCUCCUAGCUACAGCGAGGCACUUCUGAUGGAUCCAGCACCUGACCAACGUCCAGCAGAGUCUCAAGUAACAAGCAUAACCGAAAUGGUGCCGAGUUACUCAGAAGCUUUGCUCUAUCAGCGUGCAGAGCAAGGCUGCAUCAUCAAUGAGGAAGUAAACGAGGAUGGAAACCGUCGACUAGCAUUACGCGAAUGUUCCUGUCCCUGUCACGCCAAUGCCUCCACCUUCGAGAUGAAUGUAUUAGAAGAAGGAACCGGACAAGAAGAAAACAGCGGACAAUCCAACGAACAGGUAAGGCAACCACUGAUAGAAACCUCCGUCGAAGUUCAUCCAUCAAGUUGCACGUUAAUCAGCGAAACAGAGAAUGGAAAAUGUGGAAGUUGUGGGAAAUUCUUGGUGGAAGCUCAGUUAGAGAGUUCAGAGAUAUCCAGAAGCGAGUUGAAUAUCGAAAAUCCCGGUACAAGUUCGACACAGAGAAUUCACAGUAUGAGAAAAGGGAUGACGGCUAAUUUGAUGCCUCGAGACAUGUCUGAACCGAAUCUCAGAUCGAGGACAGAACUGAUAGAAGCUGAUACUAAGUUCUUGAAAUUGAAUGGACAAAGUUUGAGGAAUAUUCUGGAGAGUGACCAGGAAGAGGAGUUUAAUAUCGAGAAUAGAAUGCAAGAGAUGAGACAGGCUAAAGUAAAUGAUUCAACCAGGGGAAAUAAGUUCAGAUUCUCCCUUUGUUCACUCGACGAAACUAGUUCCAGAGCAACUGUAGAUGCAAGCAGAGGUGCAAUACCUAAGAGGAUAAACAGCAGAAGCAGAGUGAUAGCGAAUCCUAUGUCGAACGAGAGUGGCACGUUGCCAGAUUCGAAGACUUAUUUCUGUUUGAAGUCGAUUCUCAAGCAGAAUAAGAGAAGGUACACGUUGAUUACCGCGAGGGAGCUUCAGAAUUUCUCUGAUAGGGAGGACGAUGAAGUAGACAGGCGUUUGGAGAAUCGAGCGUCUUAUCACGAAGGAUGCACUCCAGUUUGUGCUUCUUCGAGCAACGAUGGAGGAAAGUUCAAUCUAUUUUCGAGAUCCAGGGAGAGUUUGGAUGGGGUUUUGGGAAAGAGGAAGAGACAAUUCUUGGAGAAUAUUUCCACGGAGAAGGGUGAAGAUGGAGCAUUGAAACGUGAGAAUACCAGAACUCUCAUCUUCGCCAGUCCCAUACAAGAAGUCUGUCCAGGCGACCCCUUCGGAGGAAAAGACGUGGUCCGUACCAGACAAGAGGUCGAUUCCACUCCUACAGAAGAAUCACCAAACCACACAGUCCUCACUCAACUAGGACGUUCCUUAGCCUGUGACCGGAUGUCCUCGAGACGUCGCUUCCAAGACUCGCGCAGACAACGUUAUUCAGACACUUCUCAUCCUUCCUCUUUCUCUUGUCCACCAGAUCGUCAACAUCCUUAUCCAUAUGCCUUCUCAGCUUCCACAGACGCCGUAGACAAUAUAGAUUUCAGCAAGAACCAAUCAUCAGCUCGAGUUUACCAACAUGCAACCUCUUUUCCACCUUAUGAAGGAUCGACCUCGAAUCGUAAUGAAAAAUUCGCUGAUCAAGCGACUGCAGUCGAUAGAAUCUCUCCAGAAAAUGUUUCUAGAUUACCGACUAAAGGUGAAUUGACUCGUUCGUUAACAGAAAGACGAACGAGACCAGUCAGACAAAAUGUGAACUUCCGUCGAAGUUUCACUGGAAGAGUGGAGGAUUACAGAAUGGAGAAUAACAAAUGGGCGAAUCUGAACAUGGAGACGUCGUUAUAA